GUUUCCGAAAAGUGAACGUUUCACGAGUCAACAGCAACGUCUUUCGAGAAGUUCUAGGCGCUGUUUGCGACAUUUUUCUUUCUUUUAUCCGUCAUCCAAUGUUUAAUGUGAUGAAAUAACACGUUGUUUAGCAAGUAUUCUCAUAAUUAGUGUUCAUAGUCGUAAUAAAGUAACCGCUAGAUUACGAUAUAAGCUAAUAUGGGCGACGAAAGCCACCCGAAAACUCUCUACGUCGGUAAUUUAGACGCGAGUGUGACAGAAGAAUUCUUAUGCGCGUUAUUCGGACAAAUAGGUGAGGUAAAAGGUUGUAAAAUAAUACGAGAACCAGGUAACGACCCUUAUGCGUUCCUUGAGUUUACAAAUCACACGUCGGCGGCUACGGCCCUGGCCGCCAUGAACAAGCGAGUAUUUCUCGACAAGGAAAUGAAGGUUAACUGGGCUACAAGCCCGGGUAAUCAGCCCAAGACGGACACAAGUAACCAUCAUCACAUAUUCGUUGGUGAUUUGUCGCCAGAGAUUGAAACACAUAUUUUAAGAGAAGCUUUCGCUCCAUUUGGUGAGAUUUCAAACUGUCGAAUAGUGCGCGACCCACAAACACUCAAAUCGAAAGGCUAUGCCUUCGUGUCAUUUGUUAAAAAGGCUGAUGCUGAGGCGGCAAUCCAGGCUAUGAACGGACAAUGGUUGGGCUCGCGUUCUAUACGUACCAAUUGGUCGACACGUAAGCCUCCAGCCAAAGGUGCAAACGAAGGUGCGCCGACCAAUAAACGAGCGAAACAGCCGACAUUUGACGAGGUUUACAACCAAAGCUCACCGACAAACACAACUGUAUAUUGUGGAGGUUUUACUAGUAAUAUCAUUACUGAAGAUUUAAUGCAGAACACAUUCUCACAAUUUGGUCCAAUACAAGAUAUAAGAGUAUUCAGGGACAAAGGAUAUGCAUUCAUUAGGUUUACAACGAAGGAAGCAGCGGCUCAUGCUAUAGAAGCGACACAUAAUACAGAAAUAAGUGGACACACAGUAAAAUGUUUCUGGGGGAAAGAGAAUGGAGGCAAUGAGAGUCAGAGUACGAGCAACCCACCUUCAGCGCCGCCAGCAAUGGGAGCACAAACACAAUACCCCUAUGCGUAUCAACAAGGAAUGGGAUACUGGUAUGCUCAGGGCUACCCCGCGAUACAGGGCUACAUGGCGCCGGGUUACUACCAACAGUAUGCGUAUAGCAACCCGCAGGCGGCAGCAGCUGCGGGGUACCGCAUGAGCAUGCCGGGCGGCAGCGGCGGUUCGUGGGGCGGCGCGCCGCAGCCAGUGAUGUACGCGUCGGCGAUGCCGUCCGCGCAGUACCCGUCGCAGUAGCGCGCCCCCACACUGGACCCCCGGCCCGUGCACUGGCGCGUCUUACCCACCUGCACAGUCGAGCGGACGCAACGCAACACAUUGCAGUCUACCCGUCGCGAAGUGACGACAACAACGACCGAAAAGCCAACCGGCUCCGUCUAGUGGCACCGUCGCUGGCCUUAUUGAAGAUUGAAAUGACGUGUGGACACCGGCUGGACGAUCGUGCGGUCGCGAGUGAAUGACAUUUAACGUGUAGUGCUCGCGUGCUCGGUCAGCGUGUUAGUGUUCAAGUUGUGUGCCGGUGAUUGCGGUUGAGUGGUGUAACUAUGAAGGUGAUAUGCAACUGAGCUUAGGAAACUAACGAUGUACUUCAUGUUGCUUCGCUAGUUGGGCAGGGCAGGUAUGGUGUACUUUGAUCGUAGUUGGCAAAGAUGGGUUUAUUAAUUUUGCGUUUUGUGUACUGCAGAGACAAUUUGUGAUGUUCAUGUAUGAUUGAGUUUUGAUCUGUCUAUGAGACACAUAUCAAAAUUGUAUUGCAAUUGAACAUGACAAAUUGUUUCUUAAGUAUUGAAAUAAAGUAGAGUUUUGUAAAGUAAACAAGUUUGUCAACUGAUAAGGGCGGUUGCAUAUAGUUUCUUCUUAGUUAUUUAGACACUGAUUGCAUUAGGUUGUGAUUGUGUCAGUUGACUAAAUUUUUGCAGGCUUAGUGAGUUUCUGUCAGAUGUUAUCUAUGAUGUCUGUGUAUUAUUUAAUAUUUGUAUUGUGUUUAUUAUUUCAAAGUAUGUUCUGCAGAAAAUGUUUAUAGAAUUAUAGCAAAUACACUCACAUGAUAGUUAACAUACUGUUCUAAGAACUCACAAGCGCCGCUUGGUGUAAAUAAAAGGUAAAACGCGUUAGUUCACUAUAGUCUAUAAAUUCGCGAUAAUUGUAAAGAUAACGAAAAGUUGAAAAGGGAAAGAAAACAGGUCUCUGGCAAUGUUUGAUUAAGAUUUGUUGUCUUUCGCGUUUGUAACUUUUCUAAUGAAAAUAAAUAGCAGUUGUCAAUAUGUCCCACUUCAUGCGUGAUGGUAAUGCGAUAGAUUCAGAUCGUUGCGAUAUUUCUGAACUGAAAAGUAAGGGAAAGUAAACAAUGUCUCCCUUCGAAACCACAAUCAAUAGUUGUCCGAUAUAGAUGAACAUUGUUAUAGAAGUGAUUUUGCUAUGUUAGCCGAAAUUAUUUUCAAUUAUGUCUAACAGAGCAAAUAUAUUUUAUAGUAAAGAGAUUGUCUAUUCCUAUUUUAAUUUUGACAGUUAUAAUAUGAUUUCUGUCCUUAGUCACAAGGUAUUCUUAAAUACGAGAGUUACGGCUCUUUAAAAUUUUGUUAGCCCUUCCUGUUAGGUUCAUCUUUAGGCUACGAAUUCAAUAUCGCGAUUUUAAAUUCUUAACCUAAAGGUCAGUUACAUUCGAGCAUUCCUUAACGAUCACUGUGGAUUUUACACUUGCCAAAUAUUUACAUACAUUUCACCUGUGAUUUGACCAAACUUUGACUGUACGUUUUUGUACAUAAUACAGAUUUUUUACACAUUUUGUGUAAAAAGUAACAGUUUUAAAUUUUGUUUUUCUGACAUCUUUCCCAAAUCGAGUUUAAAAUUUACACUUUGUAAAUAUCGCUGCAUGAACCUCGCAUUGUUUCUAUCGGUGCUAACGAAACGGUACUAACUGAAACCCGUCUACCGAGGGUCCCCUGUCCCCCAAAUCCUGAGACUGACAGUGCUCUGAUGCCUUAAUCACAGUACAACUGACGUAUACAGCGAAUCUGUAUAUUAGCUAGGUUUCGUCCAGUGUAAUUGUUACGGUAUUCUGACAUAUCCGGAUGACGUAAUUCUACGGGUGAAAGUGACGCGCAAACCAGAGAGAGGAGUCGAUUGCUUAUGGGCGGUAGCAGUUUGCGUAUGUGAUUGUAAACAGCGCCAUCUAGCGAAAGAAUUGUCGUUCGGAAGCUCACGGCGCCCACGAUCUACAUAGAUAGGACAUAACGAAAUAAAUUAUAAAUUUUUAAAAAAAGUUAUAUUUAAGGGAGGUUGUGUCGCGAGUGGGCUCGUGUACAUAAGUUGAUAUUUAUUGGAGGCCCCGAAGGCAGACUGAGAUCCGGAACACUACUCGACGCGCCAGACCGUUGUGACGUAUUUAAGUUCGGCACAUGUUGUUUUGUUUGUCUGAAUUGUUAUGAUUUAAUUGUAUGGAAUCACUGGUGAGUCAAUAAAGCAGUGGGUCUGGGAUCGGGUGUUUGAUUUACACGAUUGAAUUAAUGUAUGGUCCAUUAAUUGAACGACACACGUUCUUCUGUGAUUGAUAUUGCGUAUGCAAAUGAUAUAAUGAGAAAUUAUUGUAAAGUCCUAACGUCAUUUUGUAAAAGGAAGAAAUAAAUAGUUUAAGUUGA